GAUAAUUAGCUAGGCAAUCAAUUAGUCAUUGUACACCUGUGUUUUCCUAAAUUGAACUACCCUUCCACUCCACACACUCUGUCAAUGAGGCCAGUGUGUAUGCAUGGACUUGUAAUCAAAACAAUGUUUAUGAAAUGACCAUCAUAUGAAAUGAUAAUGAAACAUGCUAUCAGCCCUGGUUAAAAAUCAAUGCAAACAUGUAAUGUGGGGAUAUUCGCAGCUCCAAGCUCCCCAUCAACACAGUUUCCCUGUAUGGAAUGCUCUUGUCAUCACUCAGAGAGAAACUGUACAACCAUCAUGGCUCCAAAGAUCAAUCUGGGCUGAUCUGUCAAACUGCGGUUUAGGAGAAGCUCACCAAUCGAACACAGUGAGAACCUUGAUGACUCUACUACCUGUGGAUGACGAUGCGGUCUACACUAUCUCUCUGUGGAGGAGAAGGGGAGGGCAGGGGCCUGAGAGCCCGGGUAGGCAGGAUGAAGAGACUGCUGUGCCUUCGACACACCCACCGUGUGGACGUCCUGACGGACAUGGAGCCGGGGCUCUGGCUGAGGCGCUUCCAGCUGCUGGACACAGAGGUCACUGAGGACCCAGUGCAGGAGUGGGGGGAGGAGGUGGAAGAGGGGGCUGUGUUCGGCAUAACGCUAUGUAGGGAGCCUGUGCUCCCCAGCCCCUCCACCCAGGACCCCUCAGAGCCUCUCACUAUGUCCCUGUCGACUCCAACGGCUUUCAACUUCAUCCAGUACCACACAGUGAAGGUGCGUCGGUUGAAAGCGGGGACCCUGGAGCGCCUGGUAACCCACCUGCUGGACUCAGAACACCAGGAAUCUGAUUAUGUCAGAGUGUUUCUGUCCACCUACAGAACCUUCACCACCACCAACACACUCAUAGAACUGCUCUUCCAGAGGGAUGAUAUGAUUGCCAACCUAGACAACACAGUCUGCCCAAGGAGCACCCUGGUGCCCCUGAUCAGAACCUGGCUAGAGGAACACAGGGAGGACUUCAGGGAACCCCCUCGGCACCCCUCCCUGAGGCUGCUCUGUUUCCACCUCCGUCACCGCCUCGCCUUUCGUCGCCUCGCACAAACAGCUGAGACACUGCUCAAGAAGCUCCAGGAAGAAGAUCGCAUUAGUCUGCAUCAGUCUGCACCAAUAGAUAAUGGUGAUUGUCAGCAGAAAGAGGGGUCAGGAGAGGAGGCAUCAGGAGAGGAAGUACUGAAGGAGGUGACUGGAGACUUUAUGGACUUCCCUGUCAUAGAAGUGGCAGAGCAGCUGACACGAUUGGACUCUGACCUCUUCAUCAAAGUGGUCCCGUUCCAGUGCCUGGGCUGUGUCUGGUCUCAGCGGGACAAGAAGGAGAGCCGCAACGUGGCACCCACCGUCCGCGCCACCAUUGCCCAGUUCAACGCCGUCACCAACCGGGUCAUCACCUCCCUGCUGUGCUCCUCGCCAAAGUCUCCGAUCUCGGUCUCCUCCUCAACCCUGAGUCCAUCUAUGGCCCCUAGCUCCCCUCUCCUCCCCCACACCAGCCCCACCCUCAGGGCCAGGGUGAUAGAGUGGUGGAUCGCCAUAGCACAGGAGUGCAGAACACUGAAGAACUUCUCUUCUCUAAGAGCCAUCCUGUCAGCCCUGCAGUCCAACGCUGUGUACCGCCUCAAGAAGACCUGGGCUGCUGUCAACAGGGAUUGUAUGGCCUGUUUCGACCAGCUGUGUGAGACGUUCCCAGAUGAGAACUGUGUUCUGACCAGCAGAGAGAUCCUGGUGGAGGAUGGCAGCCAGCCGGAUGACAACGCCACCCCCAAGUCACCCCAGCUGUGCCCCAUGUCUAAACAGAUGAGCCCUACCAGUGGUGUAGUCCCCUACCUGGGAACCUACCUGACAGUCCUCACCAUGCUGGAUACUGCACUCACAGACACAGUAGAGGGUGGCCUCAUUAACUUUGAGAAACGUAGACGGGAGUUUGAGAUCCUGUCUCAGAUCGGCCAGCUGCAGGCGUUCUGCUCCUGCUACAGCCUCCCGGUAGACCAGACCAUCUCAGCCUGGCUGCAGAACCACACCAUGCUCAAUGACCAGGAGAGUUAUGAGCUGUCCCGCGCUCUGGAGCAUCCGGUCGACCCUUGUCCAAACUCACCCUCUUCCUGGAGCCAGCGCCUGCUCAACAAGAAGCUCGCCUCGUUUCUGUCGGGCACUGAUGUCUCCAGCAGAAAGACCCAUUCAGACCAGCUCAGUGUGUCGUCAUCAGGCUCCAGUGGUUCUGAGAUGGAGGAUCUGUCCUCACCACAGCCCUCUCCCCUCGGAGUCAAACUCAAGUCUCUGUCAGGGUCACUCCACAACGUGUCUGAAGGCCUCUCCUCCAACACCACCUCCCCCACUCCCUCCAACGCCUCCUGCAGCUCCUCCCAGCCCGACCUCUCCUACUCCUCUAUGGCCAUGAGCCCUGACUGCUCUUCCUCCUCCUCCUGUUGCUCCUCCUCCUCUCCUCCGUGCUCUAAACCCGUCUAUAACAAGCAGGUAGCUGACUCCUGCAUCGUGAGGGUCAGCGUGGAGUGCGGCAACAACGGCAAUGUCUAUAAGAGCAUUCUGCUGACCAGUCAGGACCACAGUCCCCAGGUGAUCCAGAGGGCCCUGGACAAACACAACCUGGAGAACAUGAGCUGUACAGACUUCAGCCUCACACAGCUGCUGUCCCAGGACAAAGAACUCCAGAUCCCUGACAAGGCCAACGUGUUCUACGCCAUGGCCACCUCGGCCAACUACGACUUUGUCCUCCGCCAGCGCUGGAGGAGCCACAGCAGACGCCUGGGCACUUCUUCGAGCCCCGGGCCCAGGCCAGGGGACGCCAAGUAGACGGCACCACAGCUCCACCUCCUAGUCUGGAGGGAGAACUACAACAAAAGAAAAGGGUGGAAAUGGAAUUGUGCCCCACUGGAACCAUGGCGUAGUCACUGUAACUGAGCUAGCUGCUGAUGCUUGGUAGAAAUGCACAUUUAAGCCUUUCAUUGGCCACAGCCUGAGAACUUGCAUUGUGAACACCAUUAUGAAGCUUCUGCACCAGGACGUGGUUGACUCAUCAUUGGAAAGGAGAUUCUUUUGAUACUCAUGGAUUCAAGGAUGGGACUAGAUGCAUUCCAGGAGGUUCCAUAUUGAAGGAUUGAAAACCAAGAGAGAGAAGUAUGCCAAGAGGUGCCGUUUUGAGGGGAUAAGUAUGUGGAAGAUGGAGUACUCAGAGAUUGAAACUGAACAGGUGAAUUGAAGUGAUGCAAGCAGACAUUUUGUGGCCUUGUAUCCACUUCAGUGGAUUGAAGCCAUAUGGAUGUCAAUGGAAGACAUGAGAAAUCAACCACACGUUCCAGAGCGACCAUUUUUAUUUCCUACACAAAACUAACACCAGCUAAUGUCAACAAAUAUGCUAUGUCACUUUAGAAUGUUGACCAGUGUAUCUAACCAACACUCCAAAUGCACUGCACGUCAUUAAUUUAGCUCCGAACAGCAAAGACUAUUAUCAACACAAGUGACUAUGCAUCUACUUAUUUGUAAAGAGAAGGAAAGUGGAGGAAGGAAAACUCCCCUUCUACUCUAAAUAGGUGUGUUAUCUUCCAACAGAAAGGGCAUGCAGGUCAUUGACCCUGGGUCGAUGGAAGUGCCCAACAUGAUUGAGUGGGGUGUGUAGGUCUCACAUAAUGAUGCAGUCUGUAUGGGCUGAGGGGAUGACCAUUCACAUGGUCCAAACCCCUGGGUACGCGGUUCUAAGAUUUCAGAAAGUCAGGAAGGAAAGGCGCGUUUAAGUAUUGGAGCAGGGUGUGUUCUAUAGGCUUUAGAUAUACACAUAUAUACAUACACACACACACAGACCGAGACAGAAAUUAAUAACAGUAGAUAUGAUAGUGUUAUUAGCAAUAUGUAUGUAGACCAGAUCGUUUCAGUAAUUAUUCUCAAUGCUAUUUCAGUGUUUCAGCUUUGAGCGAGGGUUUUUAUUUUUUACAAAUUAUAAAGUGAUAUUUGUUUAAUUUUUAUGAGUCUGAAUUGUUCAAUGGAGGGAGGUGCAGUGCCUGGUAAAUGUACAGUAUGUUUAAUGUCUUAACUAUAAUGGGAAGAUGGCACUUUAAGUCUCUUAUCAGACAGUUAUUUUGAAUGUCAAAUUAAGGAUAUAAACAGUGUACAGAACAUUAAGGACUCUUUCCAAGGCUGACCAGGUGAAAGAUAUGAUCCCUGAUGUCACCUGUUAAAUCCACUUCAAUCAAUGUAAAGGAUUUUUAAGCGUUGAGACAAUUGAGACGUGGAUUGUGUAUGUGUGCCAUUCAGAGGGUGAAUGGCAAGACACAAGAUCUAAAUGCCUAUGAACAGGGUAUGGUAGUAGAUGCCGGGGCACACAGGUUUAUGUCAAGAACUGCAACGCUGCUGGGUUUUUCACACUAAACAGUUUCCUGUGUGCAUCAAGAAUGGUCCACCAACCAACUUGACAUAAUUGUGGGAAGCAUUGGAUGCAACAUGGGCCAGCAUCCCUGUGGAACACUAUUGACACCUUGUAGAGUCCAUGCCCUGACGAAUUGAGGCUGUUCUGAGGGCAAAAGGGGGUGCAACUCAAUAUUAGGAAGGUGUUGUUACUGUUUUGUACACUGUUUUCUAUACGUGACUACAGGCUUUCUGAAGAAAUGCAGAAAAAGAGAGCGGAGGAGGGAGAGGGUUUCCCCCAAGCAAUGUCUGAUACCCCCCGUGGUUAAAGGCCCAUUUGAUUUCAGUGGGGACAUGAAUAUACAAGAAUGACUAUUGAAUGUGGAUGUUGAAAGACACACAGAAUGUGAUGGUGUUAUUUAUGGUGAAUUCAUUAGCCAGUGUGAGGGCAGUGGGUGGUUGGUGAAUGUGGGUAUUGCUGAUAGUGUUGUGAAGUGUAGAACUGUUUAUAAGUCAGAUGGGGAGACAACAGAGAACAAGCAUGAAUUUACAUUUUGUGCUGCUUAAGAUUUAGCUGAAACUCCUAUCAGUGUUUUAUUCGGAGAGCCAUUUGUCGUGUGUGUACAUUUUACUGAACUUGUGAGGACCAGAAGUCCUUACUAGAAUAGUAAACCAACAAAACUUUAGAGAAGUGAGGACAUUUGGCCGGUCGUCACUUAUAAAAAGGCUAUUUUGGGGUUGGGGUUAGGGAAAAUAGGAUUUUGAAUGGGAAUCAAAAUUUUGUUGGUCCCCAAAAUGUCCUCACAAGUAUAGUAAGACAUAGUUGGGUGUUUUUAAUUCAAGCACUUUUCUUUCAAUGUCACUUUGUUUUAAACUAUGGGAUAUUAAUUAAUAAAGAUUAAUAUACUCAA